GCCAAUGCCAAUCAAAUCCAAACUUCAUUAACAAUAAAGAGAUCGGUCUUGGGAGGAGCGUUCGUGAUUUCUGAAAUAUUCAUUGGUCAACUAGCUAACGUUAGCAAGCUUCUUCAACGUCUGCGAGACUGGAGCUUGCUGCUGGUGACAAGAAAGGGCACCCUGACCUGACACAACAAUCCGACUGUCUCGGGACUUCAAUUUGAAUUUGUUGCAACCAUGAAGUUCACGCAAUUUUUGCUAAGGAACAGCUCCAUACCUAAACAAGCACUAGUGGAUCGGUUUUCCAAGUUCUCCCCCUCGCCGCUGUCAAUGAAACAAUUCAUAGACUUUGGCUCGGCCAAUGCCUGUGAGAAGACGUCCUUUGUGUUCCUUCGUCAGGAGCUUCCUGUCCGGCUGGCCAACAUCAUGAAGGAGAUUGACUUCCUCCCUGACAAGCUUCUCAGCACCCCUUCACUACAGUUACUACAGAGCUGGUAUGCAACAAGUCUGAUGGAGAUAGUGGGCUUCCUGGAGAAAGAGCCCGAUGAUAAAAAGAUCCUGAAGAAGUUCACUGAGACGCUGGUGAACAUCAGGAACCGCCACAACAACGUGGUUACCACCAUGGCACAGGGAGUGGUGGAGUACAAGGAUGCCUUUGGCUCCGACCCUGUGACCAAUCAGAACGUCCAGUACUUCUUGGAUCGCUUCUACAUGAGCCGCAUCUCCACACGCAUGAUCAUGAACCAGCACUGUCAGUAUACAAUACUAAAUAUACGCUGAGGGUACCAAGCAUUUGGAACAUCUCCCUAAUAUUGAGUUGCACCCCCCCCCCCUUUUGCCCUCAGAACAGCCUCAAUUAGCUGAGGUAUG